CUGGGCUUCUGUCAAAUAAGCAUUAAUUAAUUUCCCUGUUUUAAAUAAAUGUAAUGAAUAAUGUGUCACUAAUCUGAAAAGUAAUAACAAUAAUAAUUAUUUUUACUCUUCUUUUUCUUUGAUUUUCUUUUUCCAUUUUCUUCUCUGAAAGUUGGACAUCUCAUCGGUUGAGUUACUGCUAUUUUCAGUUUUACCAUUUCUAUGAGUUGGAUAGGAUAAAUCCAAUCAACUAGUAAUAAAAAAGUUAUUUUGCGUUAAGUAAUGGGAAGAAACGAUACACAACUGACCUAUUUUUUCCUUCUCGGAUUUGAUCAUCUUCAGAGCCUCACUAUUUUCCUCUUCAUUCUCUUUCUUAUUAUUUAUAUACUGACGGUAUUUGGAAAUGUUUUGAUCAUUGGCUUAGUGACGGUUAGUCAACGUCUCAAGUCACCAAUGUUUUUCUUUCUCAGAAACCUUUCAUUAUGUGAAAUAAUCUUCACUACAAAUAUUGUACCCAAAAUGCUCCAAGUUAUAUUAGAAGGGGGAAGCAAAAUAUCCUUAGAGGGGUGUGCCCUUCAGCUGUAUGCCUUUGGCGCUGCAGGAAUAGCAGAAUGUCUCCUUCUUACCUCAAUGUCAUAUGACCGGUAUUUGGCUAUCUGCAAGCCCCUGCAUUACUCCACCAUAAUGAACUAUAAAUGUCACCUCUGCCUUGUUGUCUUCUCCUGGGUGGCAGCCAUCAUUCUACCUGCCAUCUCUAUCUCUAUGAUUUGCCAGUUAUACUUCUGUGGCUCCAAUGUUGUUGACCAUUUCUUUUGUGACCUUGCCCCAGUACUAGAGCUCUCUUGUUCGGACACUUCCCUUGUGGAAUUUGAAGUAUUUGUACAAACAAUCCCAGUAUUUGUGUUCACGUUUAUCUAUAUUAUGGCAACCUAUAUCAGUAUAUUCAUUGCUAUUCUGAAGAUUCAGUCCACAAUGGGAAGGCAGAAAGCUUUCUCAACAUGUAGCUCCCACCUCACCGUUGUCAGUACAUAUUAUGGAACCAUGAUCUCUUUAUAUGUAACCCCAAGAGGUCGCCAAUCUGUGAAGGUUAACAAAACCCUCUCUCUUCUGUACAGUGUGGUCACUCCAUUGCUAAACCCAAUUAUUUAUAGCCUACGGAACAGUGAAAUUAGGAGGGCCCUUGAGUCUGUUAUUUUAAAAACAAAAGACUAAAAAAGUAUAUAAUAAAUAAAAAAAUGUAUCUAUGGGAAACACUUGCUAAAAAUCUAAGAUUAUUAUAUCUGACCCACACUUCAUUAUUUACCAGUGAUACUAAAUAGCAAAAUACUGUUAAAUUGGUUAUUGAUUAAUUGAUUCAUUCAGUGCUUAGUGGAUAUACCAUUUAAUCAAUACAAAAAUAUUACGUCUAGUGACUGCCUGACCAAAGGAAUGGCCUAUGCCCUUCCAAGUCUACUUCUACUUGCCAAUCAUAUCAUGGCCAACUCGCUACCUAUAGUGAGGUAAAUUCACUUUGAAAUUGCAUUCCUGUUUUCUCUUACAAAAUGUCUUAACAUGUCGGUAACCCUGAAAAAUGAUUUUGUUUAUGUGGCGCUUCAUGUUGGUCAAGCGAGGAACUGGGUAGCACUUUAUUUAGAUAAAACAUUUGUGCAAUGGGAAAUUUACGGUUUCUUGAGAUUUUUUAACCAAAUUCUGUUUUGCAAUGGAAAGUUAAAGGAAUGAUAUAAUGUCAAAUGCCCCUCUAUUUAUGAAAUUCUAGGGCUGGACAGUUUCCUUUUUCCUAAAUAUCACCAUUUUUUCGUGGGAAAGAAAACUAAAAUCUUUUGAGAUGUAUUAAACCCAGAGGCUUCUAAAAGUCUGAAUCAGAAAAUACUACAUCUCAAUCCUGCUGAGGUCAUGUAGAAGUCAAUGACAACUGUCCCUUUUAUAACUGGAUGAUAUCAUGAUCUGCGCUGGCAGUGGUGUAACUAGUUGUUACUGGGCCCCAUAGCAAAUUCAAUUUAGGGCCCCAAAA